AUGGCGGAGCAGGGGCAGCUGGCGCGCCUGCGGGCCAUGGCGCACGCUGGCGCGAGCAGGCGCCCGACAAGCGGCGCAUAUGAGGAUCACGAGUACGGCUCGCUGCACUGGGCAGGCACGCGCGUCGCAUGGCAGCGCGGCGCGCGCCUCGUCCAGUCGUUUUCGUACGCGGAGCCGGUCCGUGCGGCGUCUACCGCCCUCCUCGAGCGGGGCGGCGGCGGGGCGGAGCGUGCGAUCUGCGUGAUGCUCGAACGCACCGCCGUGUUUUACUUUCCACGCCUCGGAGAGGAGUACGUCCAGCCGCUGCCGUUCCGCCUCGCGGCCGUGCACCCCCUCGCACUCGGCGUGCUGCUCGUGCGCGAGCGCGAGCCAGAAGAUAGGGCGGGGGGCGAAGGCCUCCCGAUGGCAUUCUACCUGCGCAGCGUCUUUGACGACCUCGCCAAGAUGAUCCACGUCCCGGCAAUCUCGGGGAUCGAAACGCCGACACUCCACGGCGCCGCCGAGCGCUUUCUCACGCCGGACGAGCAGAUCGUGUAUGCGGCCCGGAGCGGCGCGCCGCUUCUUAUUACCGCACGCCGCGGCGCGAUACGCAUCUACGCAUACGCAACGGCUCGCGAGCCGAUGGCGCACGACGCAUACGCCGCACCGCCGCCGCGCCCACGCAAGUCGCGUCGCUCGAGCGCACUGCGCCGCGGCGGCCGCCGCAGCUCGGUGCGCGACGCGUCCGACAUGCACUUGCUUGCCGAGCUCGAGCACGCACAGCCCGAGCUUGCGUCGGUGCUCGAAGACGAGCGGCGGCCGUCGCUGCAGCACCGCUCGCUGCGCCAGCGCAAGUCGUCGCUCGCCGCCGCCGAGCACGAUACCGAGGCGGAUACGCCGCUGUUUGAGGGCUUUGCACACGCGCACGCCGCGGCCGCGCUUCUCGAAGAGAUCCGCGUGCCGGAGCUCCAGCAGGGCGUCGCGUGCACGACGCUCACGGUGCGCGGCGAGCAGUACGUGUACAUGACCGUCGCAGCAGCGCGCCGCGCAUUUGCGCGUGUCGUCUCGAUGAGCGACCGCGUGAGCGUGCGCGCGCCGAGCGAGGGGGAUGCCGUCCUUGUCGCGGACCACGUCACAGCAGUGUGUAUCGUAGGAGAGGAGCCCGACGCGCUGCUCGUGCGCGGCGACGGCGACGCGCUGCACUGCGGGCCGCCCGGCCACGGCACCGCCGCGAUCUUGCUCCAAAACAACGGGCUGUGUGUCCGCCCGGCUUGUGCACUGACGCGACGCGUGCUCGAGGCGCUCCUCGCGUCGCUGCCGCGCCCCACCUCGAGCACGCUCCUUGCGCGCUGGGCCGAGCUCUGUGGCGCAGGGCGCGCGCCGGUGUAUGGCACCUGGGCGACGCUCGAGCGCCUGUGUGGCGUACAGCCCGCGGCCAAGUCGAGCGACGCGUACACGGACCUACUCGCGGACCGCGACGAACCAUUCCUCAGCCGGUGCCUCGGCACCGCGCGCCAGGCGCCACGCCCACGCAGCGCGCCGCCGCUCCUCGACGCACACCACCUCCCGGGCGUCGCGGUGGUGUUGCACUUUCUCGCCCAGGACGCGGCGCUCGACACGCUGCGGCGCCGCACGGACGCGCCGCGGAUCGUGCACCUGUUGCUGAGCGUGUGCCGCCACCUGGGCUGGGCGUCGUGGGUCGACUACUGGCAGCGGCGCAUCCCCAGCGUCGGCGGGCUCGACGGCGAAGCCGCAAACGUCGCGCCUCCCCCGGACCUGUACGCGCUGCUCCGCACGGCGCUCGAGCGCCCAGUGUCUCUGCACGACACCUAUCUCCAGUGCGCGGCCAUGUGCGGCGUCCACGGCGCCGCGCCGCUGCGGCACUGCGAGCGCAGCGCGGAUAUCUUUACGCUCUUUUCUGCCCUCGGCGGCGCAGCGCUCCGCACGCCCGGCGUCGGCGCCGCGCAGCAGCUCGUGCAGACGAUGCUCGACCUGCACUGGGACGCGUCGGUCCUCGGCCGCCUGCCCCCGGGCAUUGCGCUUCCCCUGGAAGAGGUGCUGCGCACCUGCCAGCUGGACCCCCCCAAGGGAUGGGCGCCCGAGGCGUACACGCUCCUGCGCCGCCUCGACGCCAGUGCGCAGGCAUCGCCGACCACGCAGCAGGCGCGCGUGCACCCCUCGCUCCUGCGCACGCUGCCCGACGCGUCGCUCGAUCCCCUCUGUGCGCAGCUCUUUUCCAAGGACUACCGCCUGAGCGACGUCGCUCGCAUGCUGCAGACGACCUCGCCGAACGCGGCGCACAUUGCGCACGACGACGAGCGCGACGAGCUCGAGCACCACGCCGAGCUCCUGCAGACCGCCCGCACGCUCGCCGAGCGCACGAUGGCGCAGUGCAUCGGGCGCGGCAUGUUCCGCAUGGCCUCGCGGGCGCUGCGGCCGACCGCGACGUGGCGCACGCCGCGCCUGUGCCUCGCGCUGCGCACGUACCCCGGCGGCGCGCUCUUUGCACGCCCGUACGCCGCCGAUCCCCACGAAGUCGAGUGGCCCGAGUUCCACAACGGCGUCGCGUCCGCGCUGGAGAUUGCCGUGCACGCCGACGAGCGCAUCGACUCCAACUGGAUCUUUGCGCAUAGCACUGCGCAGCGCGACGCGGCGCGGCACGCGGGUUUCCUGCUCGGCCUCGGGCUGCACGGGCACCUUGCGCGCCUCGGGCGCGUGCACGCCUACCGCUACCUGACGCCGCGGCACGCGCUCACGACCGUGGGCCUGGUGCUUGGCGUCGCGGCGUCGUUCCUCGGCACGGCCGAUCCCGCGGCGCGCCAGGUAAUGGCCAUCCAGGUCGCCGCGUUCCUGCCCCACCGCAGCAUCGCGCUGCACUUUUCGCCACUGACGCAGGCCGCCGGCCUGCUCGGCAUGGGCCUCGUCUUUUGCCAGACGGACCACCGCUGGACGGCCGAGCGCCUCGCCGCCCAGCUCGAGGGCGGCGAGCCGGGGGGGAUGCAGGACAUGUACGCGAAUGCCGCCGGCCUCGGCCUGGGCUUUGUGCUCCUCGGGCGCGGCCGCCGCACACCGAUGGACUCGGCGUCGGACGUGGCACUCCUCGCACAGCUGCGCCGGCUGCUCCUCGGCACCGGCGCCGAGGCCCCGGCGGCGAACCGCGCAAUGCACGCCGCGACGCUCGCCCUCGCCCUCGUGUUCCUGCGCAGCGAGCGCAAGGACAUUGCGCAGCUCGUGGCGCCGCCCCCGAACGCACACGCGCUCGAACACCUGCGCCCGGACCUGCUCCUGGUGCGCACGCUCGCACACGCGCUCAUCCUCUGGUCGGACAUUGCGCCGGACGAGGCGUGGCUCCAGAGCACCCUCGCGCCGUUUAUGCACGGCACAGAUCCGGGGCGCAUGCGCGACGCGACGCAGCUUGCGUGGUACAAUAUGCGCGCGGGCGCAUGCCUUGCGCUCUCGCUGCGGUACGCAGGCACGGGCGACGCGCGUGCGCGCGCGCUGCUCCUGCGUCAGCUCCAGGACUAUGUGCACGACGCGGUGCCGUCCGACGACCGCUACGCCUCGCGCGUCGCUCACGCCGCGCGCGAGACGCUGCGCGACGUCCUGCAUGUCGCGCUCGCGACCGUCAUGGCGGGCACGGGCGACGUCGAGCUCUUGCGCCUGUACCGCGUCGCGCACGGCGCCACGUCGCGGAGCUACGGCUCGCACAUGGCCGCGCACAUGGCGCUCGGCCUGCUGUUCCUCGGCGGCGGCCGCUUUACGCUUGGCACGGGCGACGUGGCAAUCGCCGCGAUGCUCGCCGCAUUCCUGCCCCGCUAUCCUGCGGGCCCGGGAGACUGCCGCGCACACCUCCAAGCGGCGCGCCACCUGUACGUGCUUGCGCUCGCGCCCCGCCUCUUGGUCGCGCGCGACGUGCGCAGCAACGAGGUGUGCUUCCUGCCGGUGUCGGUCAGCGGCCGCCCCAAGAUGUACGCCCCCACGCUCCUCCCUCCGCUGGAAGGCGUGCACAGCGUACAGAGCGCAAGCCGGCGGUACUGGCCCACCUCGCUCGACGCGAACGCGAUGGCGCACGGCGCACACGACCCCCGGCACAUUCACUGGUUCCAUGUGCAGCGGCGCACGGGCUACCUGAGCUACGUGGACGACCCGCACGGGCACCGCAGCAUCUUUGCGCGUUCGCGGGGGUGGGCCGCGCACCCGUUCAGCGCAAGCACCUCGGCAGAGGCGCAUGCGAUGCUGCGUGACCUGCGUGAGCUCGUGCAGUCCUUUGAAACCGCGCCGCAGGACACGGCGCUCGUGCGCCGCGUGUGCUGCGGGACAAGGCCUUUUCAGGUCUUUUGCACGGCCGUGCUCAUGGAGUGCCUCACGGCCGACACGCCUGCCCUCGCGCACGUCUACUUUGCGCUGUACGACGGGGUGCACAGCGACGAUGCGUGGUUCGUACAAGAUCUGCAGCUGCUCGAGGCCUUUUACAGCAGCGCGGCCAGCCACGCGGUGCGCGACGGGCGCGAGGCGCUGCUAAGCCCCACGGUGCUCUCCCACCUGCGCACGCGCCUCGCACAGCGCACGCUCCCCUCCGAUGCGCUCGCUUACCUCGCCGGGCACGGCGCCUCGCUCUCCCCGCGCGGCGCCGUGGCGCUUGCUGCGAUGGACGCGCCGCUCGGCGCGGACCUCGACGCGCUGCGCGCCAAAUUCACCGCGAUGCCCUAUGCGGCCGCGGCCGAGGUGCUGCGGCGCGUGCUCCUUCUCACGUCGCCGCUCGCGCCGCGCGAAAAACUACUCGAUGCGCUGCUGAGCGUGUGGAAAUAG